GCAGCAGCCGGCGGCCUUCCGCGAGCUUCCCGGGGCCGCGCGAUGUUUUGCAGGUGCCUCGGCGGAGAUGGGGCUCGGGGAGCGGCGCUGCAAAGCUGGGCCGGCGGCAGCAGCAGGAAGAAAAACCACAACGACGACGACUGCUCCUGCUGCUGCUGCUUUAACUCCGCCGAGGGAGGAACGUCCCGAUCGCCUUGAGAGCGCGCGGCUCCAGAGGCGGCCACAGCGGGGCGGCGAGGCAGAGUAGGCGGCGGCGGCCCCCGCACGCAAACCCAGGGCGGCUCGGCUCGCAUCCGCGCAGGGGCGCACGGAAGAGGCAGGAGAGGAGAAACGCGGCUCCCCCCCGCUGCGGGCUCCGGGCUCCCUGCUCCGCUGGCUUUCGUAGCCUGGAGUGGCCCGGGGCCCGGCCAUGUCCGCUUUCUGCUUGGGUCUGGCGGGGCCCGUUUCAGCACCAUCGGAACUGGACAGCGCCUGCCGCAUGGAACUGCAAGGGCCGCCCCAGUCGACGUCGGCGGGGGGAGCCAAGGACAGCCGGAGCUCGCCCACAGCCGGGCCCGCCGCCGCCCCUGAUGCUUCCUCUUCCUCGGCCUUCGAGGUGGGCGGCUCGGAAGGAGAGCUGGAGCUGGAGGAGGAGCUGGCUCUGCUAGCCGCCGCCGGGGAUGCUGCGCCCGGGGAGCCCGAGUCGAUGGGCCCGGCGGCGGCUCCGGAGCCGGAGCUGCUCUCCCUGAUGAGGCAAAAGGAGAAGGAUUUGCUGUUAGCCGCUCGGCUCGGGAAAGCGCUGCUAGAGCGCAAUCAGGAUAUGAGCCGCCAGUACGAGAGGAUGCACAAGGAGCUGACUGAUAAGCUGGAGCACUUGGAACAAGAGAAGCAUGAGCUAAGGCGACGGUUUGAGAACAAAGAAGGAGAAUGGGAAGGACGGGUGUCAGAGCUGGAAAGCGAUGUGAAGCAACUCCAGGACGAGCUGGAGAAGCAACAGGUUCACCUCCGAGAAGCUGAUCGAGAGAAAACGCGGGCAGUCCAGGAACUCUCUGAACAGAACCAAAGACUCUUAGAUCAGCUCAGCAGGGCAUCGGAGGUGGAAAAACAGCUCUCUAUGCAGGUCCAUGUCCUCCAAGAGGACUUCAGGGAGAAGAAGUCAUCGACCAGCCAGCACAUCAUACGACUCGAGAGCCUUCAAGCAGAGAUUAAGAUGCUUACGGAUAGGAAGCACGAGCUGGAGCGUCGGCUGAGUGCCAUGAUGGAAGAAAACAAUCUUCUUCAGGGGACAGUGGAGGAGCUUCAAGAUCGCGUGUUGAUUUUGGAGCGGCAGAGUCACGAGAAGGACAUGCAGUUGCAUCAGAACCAGCUAGAACUUCAGGAGGUGAGACUGUCUUAUCGGCAACUGCAGCUAAAGGUAGAUGAACUCAGCGAGGAGAGAAGCCUCCAGAAUUUCAACUCUACCAGCACGUCACUGAUGUCAGAGAUUGAGCAGAGCAUGGAGGCCGAAGAACUGGAGCAAGAGAGAGAACAGGUAGCAUCAAAACUCUUGGCUCCAGAAGAAUUGGGUGCAGCACAGCUAAGACUCCAGCUCUGGGAGGCCUACUGCCAGGUCCGCUACUUGUGCAGUCACCUUCGAGGGAACGACAGUGCGGAUUCUGCAGUCUCCACGGACUCUUCCAUGGACGAGUCAUCAGAAACCUCCUCGGCCAAAGAUGUGCCGGCUGGAAGCUUGCGGGCUGCCCUCAGCGAGCUGAAGAGGCUGAUCCAAAGUGUUAUAGAUGGCACAGACUCCACGAGCUCACGGCGAAGUGACGAUGAUGCCUUAGAAGAACAGAUCAAACAGACGAGCGAAGAUUCAAGAGCCUUGAGGGAGUUGAUGGAAGGCGAAAGGGGGAAACUGAGGCAGAGCCUGGAAGAGCUGCAGCAGCUCCAUAGCCAGGUGACGCUACUGAGUGUAGAGAUGACUUCCCUGAAAGAGGAAAGGGACAGACUCCGGGGAUCAGUAGAUGAUAAGGAUAUGAGCGAACAACUCUUGAAGGCUAUCAGGGAUCGGGAUGAAGCAAUCACCAAGAAGAACGCUGUCGAAAUGGAGCUAGCCAAAUGCAAGAUGGAUAUGAUGUCACUGAAUAGUCAGCUUUUGGAUGCUAUUCAGCAGAAGCUUAACCUUUCGCAGCAGCUGGAGGCGUGGCAGGAUGACAUGCAGAGGGUCAUUGACCAGCAGCUGAUGGACAAACAUCCAAAGGAGUGGAGCCAGCCCACCUAUUCCUUCUCCAGCGGUCAUGGGGCAAAGCGGCGCACCAGACCCUCCCCUUUGCUGAGGCCAGAGCAGCAGGGGGCAGAGCCCAGCGGGGCAGAAGGGAAUCGCCUCUUUUCUUUUUUCAAGAAAAAUUAAUUGGACCAGAGCAACCACUCUCAAUUCCUUUUUUUUUUCCUUUUUCCUUUUUCCUUUAUUUUUUGAGAUGAAGGAUGUUGGAGAGAGAUUCAGCAAGCCCAGCUUGUGAUGGAUGACGGCCUCCAAUUCCGGUCACAGAAGAAGCCGCCAAAAAAAAGAAAAGAAAAAGAAAAAGGGGGCAAGGAGUGUCCCCCCCCCUUAAGAACACUGCACUAAUCUUGCAGGCUGCGUGGUCUGAACUCAAUGUUUACAUGCGUCAUAGUCCAAUUGCCGGUCUUCUGUGCGAUAGCAAUUGAAAAGGACACUCUUCUUUUGAUACCUUAAAGCAACAUAAUAAGAAAACACACAACCUUCAGGGUCUCUUGUUAGGUCCACUCUGUUUCUGCUGUGAGUAAUCCAGAUGUCUUAAAAGUCAUUCUCUUCUGCAAAAGAGGAAACUUUAAAGAACCAGUUGAGAUGUGGGAACCAAGGAAGGGGCAGGGAAGAUCGAGAAAGGGAAAUACCCAUGCAUUUUAUCUGCCGAGUUUCCAUUCUUUUCACCAGACCAGAGGGCACCAGGUUGGCAAAGGCGGGUCGUGCUUAUCUGUCUAUUUCUCAUAAGUGAGAGAGAGAGAGCAGUCGUGGCUCCUGGUUUGGGCAGAGCCAGACAGAACUCAACAGAUGGAGGAGUGUUUGUGCUCUGUCCUGGUCUCUCUCAGGAUGGGUGACUAAGCAAAAAUGUAAGCACACCGAAGGCAGAUCAGCUUCCAUGUCCGCUCUGUUCCCCUGCUCUCUUUCCCAGAGGUUGUGGCUGCAAGGAAAUGGGAAGCCAGUUGGAAGUUGCAGGUAUGCUGCAGCAAGAGUCAAAGGUGGUGUGUGUGUGUGUGUGUGUGUGUGUGUGUGUGUGUGUGUGUGUGUGUAGCUGCUCCUUUGCCUAAACAAGCACCAUACCCAACAAGCAGAAGAAUCCCUGGACAAAUCUUGUGAGAACCAGAGCCCAGGUUUUUUGCAAAUCCUUGGGAUUCACAGUAUUCCCCCCCUCCCCUCCCAACUUUGCCCUUCAGCAAAAUGAGACCACUUGCUGUCUUCUAAAACCUUAGGCCAGGGCUGGCCACAUGGUGCCUUCCAGAUCUUGUUGGACUACAGUUCCCAAUAUCACUAACCUUUGGCCAUGCUGGCAGGGGCUGAUGUUGAGUCCAACAAGAUCUGGAGGGCACCAUGCUGGCAAGGGCAAACGGCAAGUGCCACCCUGCCCUGCCACUGAUGGACAAGCGGCGCCAGCCUUGGUGCCAAUUUUGGGAGAGAUCUUGCACGUAAUCCUGAAAUCAGCACCAGUGCCUGUGCUGCUUCUCUGCUGGCAGUGGUCUGCCCACAGGGGUGCUGCCUUGGGGGCUUUUGCUGCCUGAGGCAGUGGCCUCACCCCACCAGCCCUGAUGUUGGCUAUCCCUGCCUAGGUGCUAAACCCCACCCCUUGCUGCUAUUGUGAGGUUAAAUUGGGAGUGAGGCUCAUGGAAGAAUAGAAAUGAAAGGGGCGUGGCAUUUUCACAUCUACUGCUCAGAUGCGGGAGCUGCUGAGACUUCAGCCUGACUCUCGCUGACUCCCAGCCAGCAUGGUCGAUGGUCAGUUGCCGCUGACCGAUUGAGGGUCACAGGUUCCUCACCCCAGCAUAGGUUAAGCCAGAUUCCAUCUUUUCUUGGUGUGGUAGUGUUCUAGGCUAGGGGUAGCCAAAUGGUGCCCUGUGGGUGCUCUUGGGACACCCGACGUCUUGACUAUUGGGCCUGUUGAGAAUCCAUCAACAGGUGCAGGGUAGCACAUUUAGCUAUCCCUCUUCGAACUGGAGGAAGGUUUGGGGGCAGCCCCAAUCUAGAAGUGGCAGAGCUGAGACGCAGGUGGACUCUAUGAGAACAAAUCCUUUUCCAACCAUAGACAGUAGAGUGGACCGCGGGCUCGUGCCCGACGAGCUGGGUGGCAGAGUAACCUCACACCCAGAA